AUGCAUUCCGCUAGCCUUGUUUCUCUCAUCGCCGCUCUCCCCGCGGCCAUGGCCUGCCUGGGCUAUGAGGGUGGCCUUCCUACGCCAACCGACUCCAAGACUCUGAGCGCGCCUCAGUACAUCAAGGCUGGCCAGACCUUUGAUGCUGGUUGGGUCAAGUAUGACCGUGGACAGUCUUGCACUGGUCAGAGCGAGGGCGGUGAGGCUGACACCGUCUUCGUUCUCGAAGAGGGUGCCACUCUUCGUAACGUCAUCAUCGGCAAGAACCAGAAGGAAGGUGUCUACUGUCUCGGAGCCUGCAACCUCGAGUUCGUCUGGUUCGAGGAUGUCUGCGAGGACGCCAUCUCUAUCAAGGGUGACGGAACCGCCAACAUUAUCGGCGGAGGAGCCUAUAAGGCCUCUGAUAAGGUUAUUCAGCACAACGGUUGCGGCCAUGUAAACAUUGUCAACUUUUACGCCAACGACUAUGGCAAGGUUUACCGAUCUUGCGGCAACUGCAAGAACAACUGUGCUCGUUCCGUGCACAUGGAGGGCACCACUGCUGUCAACGGCGGUGAGCUCAUGGGCAUCAACACCAACCUCGGCGACAAGGCCACUUACUCCAACAACUGCUACCCCAAGGUCCAGUGCCAGGCCUACGAGGGCUGCGACAAGAGCAACGGCGACUGCGAGCCCACCAAGCUCGGUCUGUGCUAA